UCUUCGCAAAUUAUAUUUCUUGCAAAUUUCUCGUGUGAUACUGUGACCUUUCAUAGUGGGUUAAAAAAGAGGUUGUUGAGAAGAAGAAGCUGCAUUCCACAUUCAAUACAUAAACAAUAUCUCUUGAGGUAUUCGCAUCGAAAUCAGCUGAAAUGCAGUGGCUUUCACUCAGUGUUAUUUUUUCCGAAAUAUUUCUGGCGUAUAUCAUUUAUUCAAUUUACACACUAUCACUGCUAUUUGUGACGCCAGCCUGUGAGGAUAACAAACCAUGUCUUGAAUCAUACCUGAAUGAUCGACCGCAGUUGAAUUUGUAUAUAUACAGCUCCGUUAAAAAAUAUCCCAUCAGCAGUAAUCCUGAUCUCAUAUACUCCGCACAAAACUUUGAUUAUGAUCAAAUGCAAAUCAUUCCAGUGAUACUUACUGUACCAAAUGAGACACGGCGAAAUGGAACAUUGUUUUUACAUGUAUUAUUAGUGCCUUCCUUUAUAAAACAGGACAGGACAUUUGUCGAGUUGCUGAACGAUAGAUUUACUUCGUACACUGCAAUUGAAAUGACACAAUACAUAGUAUCUGAAGCAGAGGCAUUUAAUUUAAUAAUAAACCGCAAAAUGGAGGAAGCAAAUAACCAGAUUGUUAUACAUCCAGUCUCGCACAUGAAAAGUCGUGUGACAUUUACAAUAAUGACAGACAACAUUAUGCUUCCUCGAUAUGGCAUACCUGCCGAGCUCAUAAACCAUAUAAAAAUAAUUCAUGAACAACAGAUAUUUUUGCCAAUAGUAAACUAUGAUUUUUUACGAACACGGUAUCGGGAUCUUCAGCGGAUUAUUCCACAAAAUAAUACGAUGAACAUCACAGUAGAAUAUUCACCUGUGUCGCUAGGAAAGUUAAGAUUAGUACUGCAUGUGCAGGCAACUAUGGGGAAUCUAAUAAAUCUUGGCUUCUCCGACAAAGAUAUCGAUGAUGUAAAGGGCAUCUUUGUCGAUACUAACAUCUAUCUAUUAGGUGCUACGUUCUUCAUUGCAGCUGUACACUUGUUGUUUGAUUUCCUUGCUAUUAAAAAUGAUGUUAGCUUUUGGCGAAAGAAGAAUAAUCUCAUAGGCCUCAGCAAAUCGACUAUGAUAUGGCGUGCAUUCAGUCAAACUGUGAUCUUCCUUUAUCUUUACGACGAGGAUUCUUCCUUACUUAUUCUUAUUCCUACUGGUAUCAGCACUGUUAUCGAGCUGUGGAAAUUGAAAAAGAUAUUGAGAGUGGAAUUUAUUACCAGCGGUAACAUUUUCCCACGAAUGCGUUUUAAAACCGAUAGCAUCGAUGCAGCGGAAGUAAAAACUAGACAAUUCGAUGCAGAAAGUAUGCGUUAUCUGAAUUAUUUAUUAUAUCCAUUAGUUAUCGUUGGUGCAAUCUACUCAUUACUUUAUCAGCCACAUAAAAGUUGGUAUUCUUGGAGCUUAAAUUCCUUAGUAAAUGGAGUUUACGUAUUUGGAUUUCUUUUUAUGUUGCCGCAAUUAUUCGUCAAUUAUAAAUUGAAGUCAGUGGCGCAUCUACCAUGGAAAGCGUUCAUGUACAAAGCAUUUAACACAUUCAUCGAUGACGUGUUUGCUUUCUUGCUAACGAUGCCGACAGCUUACAAAUUAGCAUGUUUCAGAGAUGAUGCCGUCUUUCUGAUUUAUCUAUAUCAAAGAUGGUUAUAUCCAGUAGAUAAAUCACGUGUGGAUACUGAUACAAUCACAGAAGAAGCUGUUAGUUUCGGCAACAAUGUGAACAAAAAAACAAAUUAACAAUUUCUAUUGUUUACUGUUAUUGUUUGUCUUCAUUAUCUAGAAUACUUAAAACUUUCAUAAUAUCAUGUGAAGUAUUAUUACAUGCUGACAAACAUUUAUAUCCAUAAUGUAAAAAUUUAAUCAAUAUACG